AUGAAUAUGUAUUUGUACUGUAUAUUUAUCAUAUGUACUUUAAUAUCCGUAAAAUGCAGAAAUAUUGUGCAAAGUGACUUCAUCGCAGGUGUAUCUACAGUCGUUGGUCCGGAUACCUACGGAGUUCUUCAGGACUAUAAAGAUGUGUAUGCGAGAUGGGAUGAAUAUGAUGUAUCUGGUCUUACUUUGACCACAAGUAAGGGAAUUAGUGGUACCAAACGCUCUACACAUCGUGAUGGUGACUCUACUGAGGGGCAAGAAGCUUUAAACGGAUUUUCUGUGGACAUAUCAAAGUAUAGGUCAUUCAUAAAAUCUCUAAAUGACCUGGAAAAUGAAAUUCAUACAAAAUAUAGGCGGGUUAAUUCCACCUUUAUGAGUACAUCCAGGUUUUACUACAACUAUAGACACUCUGGAAAUGUUUUUGCGGUAAUGUCAUCCCUUUUGAAGUUUGGAAAUCUCUCAAAUAAUGAUACACAGGUCGUUGUUCCGGAAACAUGUCUGUGUCAUCCCACCAACACAGCUAUGGGUCGUCUGUACGUGAACUCAAGUGUAAACAAGUCAGAGUACAAGGGUAAAUUGGCUAACGACAGUACAAACGUAUUCCUCGAGAAUACCAAGGUCACAUUCAAAGGGCAUUUAGUCAGCAAGGACAGCUUCAGAUAUCUUGUUACAAAUAGGUUUCCAAAGAAAUAUCCUAAUUCUUACAAGACUUAUACGUCAGAUGACUUUGCAAGAUUUAUUUAUGUUACUGGUCAUGGAGGUGAUUCCUACCUACAAUUUCAAGCAAAAACAUUCAUAUCAUCUGCUGAGUAUGGAUUGUAUCAUCUAGAAUUGGGAAUAAAGGAACCUAAAUUACCCGUACUUAGCAUAUUAGAUACCUGCCAAGCAUCGACAAUGUAUGAAAAAGUUGACAAGGGCACAAAACUGGCGUGGAUUGCUUCUAGCAUACGUGGAGAAUCAUCAUAUUCACACAAUCCAAACCAUUUUAUUUCUGUAUCUACUGUGGAUAAGUUCACCUUUAUCCUACAAAAUCACUUGAGGAAUGUAAUGCAAGGAAUCAUGACUGGAAGCAAGGCUUCGGUAUCCAGAUUUUCUCUACACCAACUUUUGAGGACAUACCAAAGAGAGAAUCCCAAGGAUAAAUUGGAAUAUGAAGUACACAAUAGCAUGGGCAAAGGUGGUAAUUCUGAUCAAACAACAGAAAACCCAGAGGAUACCGACGCAGAGAAGAAUUUGUUCAUAAAGUAUUCAAGGUGGAUAAAGGGCACACUGUCCCAGCUAAGCACUGCUUACACAUUUUCUAUGAGCACCAAUCGCCGAUCCAAGGAUGGUAUUUCAGUGAAUUAUGGAAAGGACAAGAAAAAAACUGAGAAACUUUACCUGGGACAGUUCGCAUUCAACUACAGAAAGUUGUAUUAUAACAGUAUCCCAUUCCCGUAUGGUGGAGGGAUUAACACGGAAUCGCAAAAAUUACACGAGCGGGUAGCCAUGGACACACACGAAAAGUAUAGAGGAUCAAUGAACGCAUCCACUGACAAACUACACGCUAAAAGGAUGGCCAAACAUGGUCUAAUCGUAGAUAUUGAGGACAAUAUCCUUCAAAAUUACAGAUUAGCUGCAUCAGUAAUGGCUGCGCUAUAUAUACUGUGCACGCUUACCCGUAAUUGA